AUGAAUAGAUUCAGGAAAGGCAAGAAGGGAAAGGAUGUUGAAGAGACGGAGGCUGCGCCUCCCUCGUCGUUCAUGGGAAUAUCAAAAUCAAAGAAGGGAAACAAAGAUGCAGUCAAGCUGGAACUCGACCUUUCAACCGCUCUACCGUCAACCGACAACUUUCGCACCAGUCUCUUGAUGCCUAAUCUCUCGGCUCGGUUUAGCAUGUUGCGCGAACAGGACGAUCCCACAACGAAAGUAGGAAAGGCCAACGAUGACAGUGUUCUAUUCCCGAAGCGAGCAUCCCGCCUCAACUUGUUCGGUCAUAAUCCCAACCCUUUGGCCGAUAUUGAGGAAAUUUCGUCCAUCGAUGGCCGGUCAUCGUUUGCAACACAAAGAGUCAAUUCAUACGUAUCAACUGAAGAUGGAACCGAUGAUGACUGGCAAAAUGGCAGCGUGAUGAACAGAAAACGACCUGGAGAGGGAAACAAUCUCUUCGGUGGACGACAAAAAGUUUAUAAGAUUCCUGUCAGCGGCUCCGGCAAAGAUGGCGGCGGUAUGAGGGGCAGGACAGUAUAUGAAGAUGAUAUCAACUUGUCAAUGUUUCAGAAACUGAGACUAAAGGAAAGAGAGGAGAGACGCGCCAUGGAAGCGGCAGAAGAAGUACAAGACGCGUUGGCCCCGGAGUCGGAGGAGGGCCUCCCAGCGUUUCUGUCAAAGAGGAUGACUUCGUCAUCGACAACGUCCGGGCAAUCAAACCCGCGCACCUCGACUGCAGCUACUUCUAUCGAUGAGCAACCCAUCGGACCAACUCAACCUACAUCAAUGAUGAACAACCCCAGCAAACCUGCCGGAGUGAUUUCUAACAAUAUGAAUGGACACGUCAGUAAAACACGUCGGUUAUAUGGACAAGGUUUGGCGCAAACAGCUCAAGAUCAGCAAUCUUCAGCUUUAACGCGCCUUGAAGGUCUCGGCAGACAGCGCGCAGGAGGACCACCGGAGCUUCCUCGACUCAACCGUACAUUUUCCAGGAGCGCAACCAAUCUCCACGACCGACGUCAGGGUAUAUCUCCUAUUCUACCAACUCCAUCAUCUGCAGCUCGCAACUAUAGCCCAGUAAACUCGAUGGGCUCGCCAUUAUCUGAAGCUCUAGAUGCUGUUCAACGACCAGACCGAACAUCAGAUAGCAGUAGCACUUCUCCCGCUUAUGGAGCAGUUCCCCCUUUGAGUCCUCCUAUUAGUGACAACGAAGAGAUGACCCUUGCCGCCGCGUUGCAUCCAGAAGAUAGGGGUAAAGCCACAGCUAUGGGUCUGUUUAACAAGCCAAGUGGUCCUUAUGACGAGCAACAGUUCAUGCGACGCCAGCUUCAGAUGCAUGAAAACCGUACAGGGACUCCCACCACUCGUCGAUCUCCAGCCAACAGCGUUUCACAAGGAGAGACGAACGACAACCGCCCACGAGGACUAUCCAACACAAGCUAUCGCUCCAAGGCAGAGUCUGCCUCGUCUUACUACAGUGGUGACGGUACGAGGUCCAGAACUCAGAGCGUCAGAGACAUUUCUCCUCCAAGACCUAACAAUGGUACCUUUUUCUUGAAUCUGGAUAACAGUGACAGCGAAAGCCAAAGCGCCGGCGAUGAUUUUCAACCUCUGAGAAAAGUGUCUUCAGUAAAGUCACAGGCUUUUGAUGGCAUUCAUCCUGCAUUCCGCUCACGACCUGCAUCUAGAGAUUCCGACGGUGUGCCAUCGACUCGCGAAUCUUGUGAAAUUCCCGAAGUUAAAGGAUAUGACCUCAACCCGAUACAAGAAACCAACCCAGCUCCUCCGUCGCCAAUCCUUGAAGAAAUCUCUGAAAAGGCCAUUGACUCACCGACGCUUGGACCAGCUGGAUUGGGACUCAACAGUAUGAUUCGUGCGCAUUUGAGGCAAGACAGUGCACAAUCUCUGUUGCCUCUGCCCUCUCCUAGACUACCAACGCAUCAAGAUGUCUCACCACCACCAAUGGAGCCGCCUUCGGGUCCACCUCCGCCACCACCAACCUCUGCGCCACCUUCUAUACCACUGACUGCCGGGUUCUCAAGUGUAGCAUUGAGAGCGAAGCAACUUCGCGAACAAGCCGCUGCCCUUCGAGAACAACAACAAGCUGAGCAGGUUGAAGGGACGCAUCCUCCUACACAAGACGAACAAUCAAGAUUGGGACACCAUCGUGAAAGCAGCCUUGAAACACAAAAAGAGCGUGAAGAGUUCGCCCAUGAGCUAGCGGAAAGACGACGGCGAGUCCAAGAAAAUUUACACAAGAUUGACAGCAGAUCUAAUAGCCCAGGGCCUGGACGAAGUACUCCUGAGGUUGGUGCCAGGACCGGAAAUGGAUUCUCACUUCUCAAGAACCGAACUGCGAAGAAUGGUGUUCCAGAUGGACUUGCAACGCCGCCUUCCUCUAAAGCAUUGAAGAAGAUUGGCAUUGGUGGCCCAAUUAUGAAUGCAUCGACUCCUUCUCUUGACUCUUGGAGGGAUGACGAGGUGGCCCCUGGCUUUAGUGGACUGGGCAAACAUUCCAACUCGAGCUCGCCGCAGAUUGCAUCUGGUCGCACUGCAUCUGGUCGAACAGCCUAUUCUCGCAGUACCAGCCAUGGCAGUGAAGAGCCAGAUUCUGGGUCCAGUCGACCAGCUUCACCUACUAAUUAUCGAAGGGACCGGUCAACCUCUGCAUCAGCACGGUCUAAAACUCACGCACCAUAUCGCGAGGACCUCGACAUGGUAGCAGAACACUCAGUGAGUCGAUAUGGCGAUAAUCCACGUGUGGGACGAUCCCCCCCUUCCAUGCGGCCAUCGGUAGACAACGAGAACGCUCCCAAUGAACGAUCUGCUUCGGUUACUUCAGGACGCAUGUCUGGUAAUCGAAAUCGCGCGCCUUCGCAGUUAGAGCUCGUCCCACCUCAAAGCGAUGCCAGUAGCAUCGGCACAUCACCGCGGCCUUCACCAGUUGCUCCUCCAUACUCCGCCAAUGCUACACCUCCUCUGGAAGAAGACAGAAGGGACUCGCCCAUGUUUCUUAACCGGUCAGAUUUGUCAAAUAAUACAUCUGCUCAAUCACUGCCUCAACGAGCUCCUGGUGGCAACGGUCUUCCAAAGAGACAAGUAUCCAAGUCACAAAUCUCAGAGCCGACUUUCGUCUCCAGCACAUCCAACGUGCCUAUGGUGCCCCUACCUCCUGGAGCCAGUCUCAGCAACGGAAUGCCCAACACGCCUCCAAUCCCGCCCAUGAAUCCGCGCCGCAGACGAACAACAGCCACACAAACAAUCCUUGGUGCAAUCAGAGGCGACUUACCGCAAACUCCACCAGCAGUUGGAUCCAGUCACGACGAUGAACGACGCACCAACUACCCUCCUAAUAUCAACAAUAUGAAUAAUAACUAUAAUAUCAACCAUCAGGCGGCGGGGCCAAUGGAAUCGCUACCAACUCUGCGCAAGAUGCACAGCGAGAGUGGGCCCAUGAACUCGCGUGCUCGACAACAGGCCAUGAUGGCGGUGACACCAACAAUGCCUAAUUAUCCUCCUGCUACUGAGAUACAGGGAGGGAUGAUCUGA